UUACAUUUCACAAUUACAGUAAAAACACUUUAGUUUGAUAUAUUUUGUACCCACAAAAAUUCAAAUCCUAGGUCGACAUGAUCAAUAGAUCCGUUUAUUCUUUUUUCCGCGGACGGGGAUGGCAGUCAUCUGCUGAACUUGAUCUCCUGUUAACCCCACCUGAAGCCCUGCGCCCAGUGCUGUUUUUGUUUUACACCCUGGAAACGGUGUUCAACAUGUUCUGCAUGGGAUAUCACAUAACGGGCAUGGAAACCAUUAGCUGGGAUGGAGAGGGGAUUCAAUAUUUGUACCUGCUAACUUUCCACAUUUUCAUGGUUUGGACCCCCUUCCAGAGCAUCGCGAUUUGCACGGGUGACAGGCCCAGCGUUUGCUUGGAGAUCUGGAAGUCAUUGGCUGGCACUUUUGCCUUCAUCCUGGUAUCGUUGACUACGAUGUGGGAUGCAGAGCGUCAGUUUCAUAUGUUUUUCGAUACCUCUGUCGAGGAGAUAAAGGGUGAAUACAACGCACUCGUUCCCAUCCACCAGUUCUCCUACUACAUGCGGGGUCAGUCCAUUUCCUCGCUGACCUGCGGACUUCUCUACAUGCUCCAUGCCACCAUAAUGAUCGACGUCAAGUUGACCUCGGAUCUGUACAACAGCGGAAAAAGUCCCGGCCCCAUGCCCAUUCCUUUAUUCGUCAUGGGCCCUGUUGUUCACAAUAAGCUGAGUACCUACGAAUGGUUCCAAGAGUUCUGCGGGAGCUACAGCCGAGACAUGCGAGCCUGAAAUUGUAGAUUGAAAGUGUUGAA